AUGUUUCGUUCAAUACCGAAAUGGUCAGUUUUUAUCUUUGAUAUUUUUAGUGUUAUAUCUGUUGCUCACAACAGAUGGCAAAAAAUGUACUCUAUGCUGUUAAUUAUAUCUUGUGUAUAUGUUUUUUACACUACACCUCAAAUUGUUUGCAUAUUGGAAAACGACUGUGACAACUCAUUAUCAACGAUUAUAAAAGGCAUGUUUGCGAGGCUGGUAGCUUUGACCUGUAUGAUAUCAAGAUGUGCGAUUUUUUUAAAGGGUAAAACGCAAAUGGUAAUGUACAAAAAAAAUGUAGACGAUUUCCAUGCGUUUACACCGAUGACAUCUUCUGAAACAGAUAGGUUGAAAAAAAUGUCAUCUCGGGCCGUACUGUGUUGCAUAUUACUCACCGUACCUGUCAAUGUGUGCAGAUUGUGGAUUUUAUAUUACGUGGCAGAACAAACCGUUCCAUUUGUCACUCUGGUGUACUUACAAAACUUCAGCAUGUAUUGCAUAGAAACCCAUUUCACCGUGUUGUGUUACAUUCUUUAUCAAAAGAUCGUUGGGAUCAACGACGAUUUGAUGGCGCUUAAGAUCGAUACGAUCGUGCGAAACAAAUACCCGUUCGUGUCACUAACUGGAGAGAAAUAUGGAAAAAACGACAGCACUAUUGAAUACAACCGAGACGUUUUUCAUUCUCUGAUUGCCGGCCAUCCAAUGAUUGAUUUUUUGGAAAACCUAAAAGCCAAACACAAGUUAGUUAGUCAAUCUGUAAAGAAUUUAAACAACACGUUUGGAAUUCAUCUGGGAUUGUCAUUGUGCUCAUUGUGUUUGUACACCUUAUUCGACUUAUAUUAUCACCUGCAAGAAGUAUGGAAACACUCUAAGUAUAAGAUUCUAGUCUACGGCUGGAUUUUACAAUACUUUGUUAGAUUUUUACUUAUCACUGUCGUCGCCCAUAUAACAACGAAACAGGCACUCAAAUCGAAAAUACUUAUAACAGAUAUAAACAAUCGUUAUUUAGAUAACAAUACUAAGGAAGAGUUACAACUUUUCCUCAAUCAAAUUUCCAGUUGUACAAUUGAAUUUACCGCUUGCGAUUUCUUCACUUUAAACACUCAUCUGAUCACAUCUGCAAUUGCAGCUGGCACGACAUAUCUCGUAAUUUUAUUACAAUUUAAUUCAGCAAACCAUUAA